ACCCGAAACUCUUUUGGCCAAAGAAUUAUUACCAGAGAAGCAGUAUUAGUGACGGCCCACGAGUUCGGUCACAAUUGGGGCUCAGAACACGAUCCUCACACCGAAGAGUGUUCACCGCCCGCACAGAGGGGCGGCUCUUAUGUUAUGUAUACUUAUUCUGUCAGCGGAUAUGAAGAGAACAAUCGGUUCUUCUCGCCGUGUAGUAAGAGAUCGAUUCGUGCCGUUUUAGUGGCGAAGUCUGGCCGAUGUUUUUCCAAACCGGACAGAUCUUAUUGCGGUAACAGUAAAGUGGAAGCCGACGAAGAAUGCGACGAAGGAAUACUCGUUAAGGGAGACGAAUACGUGACCGGUCUUUGUUGUGACAGUAAAUGCAAACUAAUAGCGGGCUCUUACUGUAGUGACAAGAAC